AUGUUCCAAACCUUCACAGUGGCAGGCAAAAUCAAUGAAGACCUUCAAUGUCCCAGCAGCUCUGCCUUGGUCAAAUGCUAUUGUGAGGCCGGCAAGGCUGAGCGGACCAACGAAACUUGCCAUUCCCAGGUGGGUAUACCGCAGGCGUUGUGCCUCUCUGGAGACACCCAAUGGCUUUUGCAGAAUGCUGAGAGCAUCGGUUUUGUCGACUAUUGCGGUUGGUGGCGCUAUCAACGUCCUCCAGCCCUGCCGGAUGCCAGCUAUAGGAAUGAUAGCGACUGCAGGCAUGUGAUUUUAGACCCCAUUGGCACCGCGGGCUGCAGCCGCGAAGAGUGCAAGACCUUGGACGAUUGCAUCUCCAGGUGUGACUUCUGUGACAACUGCACGGCGGUCCUUCAGCAGUCAUCCACUGCGGUGAGGUGUCACAUGCAGCACGACAUUCACUUUGAGAAUGUGAGGUCUGAGCCCUUCGAGACGGGCUUCUUUGUGAAUGAGCGAAACUCUGGCUGUACAGGGCAAAGGGAUCCACUGGCUCGAGGCAUCACCGCUGUGAAGCUCUACUCUGACCUCUCCUGUGAGGAGGAACUCAAACCACAGCAGCUCUUUGUGAUGGAUUCCAUCGGCUUGACACCCUUAGCGCCGGGCUUGGCGUUCUUCCCCAGCUGUUCAGCCCGCAGAUGUGACCCUGGAGGUGUCAGUGUCGUGGCCCGCUUCGCUGCGCCGCGGGUGGUACGUUGCGUGAUGGUGCAGGCUUCUGGGCAAUGGGCACGUGGCUGGCGCCUGUCCAAAAGCUCAGACCCCACCGGAGAUGCAGGUCUCGAAGACUUCAUCGAAACCACUUGGCGGGAGGUGGCCCGUUCAGCUUCCGGCAUGGGCGUUCGUGCCACCUGGGAUGGACUCAUGGAGGUCGAGGCAGAUCUCAGGAGUUCACUCUCUUCCUGGGAUGAUGAGCGGCCAGGACAAAGCUCGGCAGUUCUUCCGCUGGUGGUGGCCUUGCUGGUGUUCUUCAUGAUCAUGAGUUUCCUGCUUUGGUUGCGAUAUUUCCGUUGGCAGAGUGAGACCACUGAGACCAGGGCGCCGCCGAUCGUGGCUGUCCUGCUGCCAUCAGAGGCCAGCUUCACGGACGGUGCUGUGAGCUUGGAAGAGAUCAACUUUGACGAGGCGUCGACCACUGAGCUGCGGGUCUCCUAUGUGACCUCUCAGGAGCUGUCGCAGUUGCAGAGCUUGCUGGACUUCACCUAUCGCUCCGUCGUUACAGAAGAGAGGUCUUGUACAAAGUCAUGCGGAGCUCCGGCGCCCUGCGCAUGUGUUCAGCCUGGUUCUGCCGGCUUCCCCGUUGCCUUUCGUGCACUGAACGCUUUGCGUUUCAGUGGUGCAUCACGGCGGAGUGCGUAUGCGAAGAGACGGCGAGAAGUCCAGCGGAAACGCGAUGCGAUGAAGGUGUUGGAGCUUUCCAGCCACCUGGCACAGGCCAAGUACCCCGAGCUGAAGGAGGUACUUGGAAGCCUGGAGCCCAGCAGUAACGAGGUGUAUCUUUGGUACGGCACCACUAUCAGGAAAGCCUUGAACAUUGCGAAGGAGCUGGAGGGACGAGGCGGCCAGACAGCAGGGAGCUUCCUGCGCUUCGCUGAGAGUUGCACCAAGGCAGAUGAGCACUCGGACCAGCUUAUGAGCGAUGAGCCUGAGGAGUAUUAUGACAGGGUCUAUGCAAUGAUCUUAUGUCGAGUCUGCUUGGGCCGCUGCUACUACUCCACAGAUUGCGUUGAAGCAACAGGAACUUCUGCCACCAGAGCAUUUGACGCGGAGUUUGAUAGUGUCCUGUUGGACCGCUUCGGCGAUGGAUGUCGGGAGUUCCUGGUUUGCCCUGCGCAGGUCUUGCCAGAGCUGCUAGUGUUCUACUCUCGCUUGCAUGAUGGGGAGGAGUCAGAGCUCGGGGUCUCAGAGAUGCCUUUCCUGGAGGUGCCCAUCUAUUGGUCCAACCUUCAUCGAUCGUUGAACGAACCGGGCUUUCGCCGGCAGCUUCGCGUCUCCGCGAAGCUUCAAGAGGUUCUGCAACGGUUGGUGGAUGCUUCAGCCACCAACAGGCACAUUGUCUACCGGAGCAGGCGCUUCGAAGACUCCCGUCUCUGGCGACGUUAUGCACGUACACGGCGCUCACAACGAUGUGCCGCCGGCCUCUCUGCAAGAAGACAGUCUUUGCGGACGUUGGAGGACCCUGCUUUCGACCUCCACUACGACGAGCUCUUGCUAUGGUACCUUUGUGCUGACCAUGAGGAAGCAGCGGAGGCUUGCGAGGGCAGCUUUCUCUCUUCGCCGCGGCGACGGAGAGCUGGGAUUCGCCUCAGUGAGCACUUGCCCGGAGGCAUGGAGAAGCAUCACCAGUUGAUCGUCCUGCUUUGCCGAGCCUCGUGCAGCGAUGUGCACCACAGCGACCAAAGCGCCGACCUGGCAGCGGUGCAGUCCGCUCGAACAGCCGGAAAGGAUGCCGUGGUGGCCUCGGCAAGGGAAGGCCGCAGGGACUUUGUUUUCUUCCAAGAGGACCAGAUCUACCCAGAGUUCCUGCUGGAGUUGAAGGACACUGAAUGA